ACACAAGAGCAGCAGAACAAGGGGGGGCAAAAAUCUAGUAGAAAAAAAAAAUGGAGGUUGUUGACGAUGGUGAUAAUAUGAUGGAAAUGAUCCGCACCAUCGCCUCUGCUGCUUCUCACUUCCUCGAUACUAUUCCUACAAGGUACUCCUUGAAGGUUCCCUUCCAUUCCUCUUCAUUUUAGGUCUGUAGAAUUUUUUUUUUUAAAGAAUUUUCUUCUGGGGAUUGCGUGAAAAUUAGUAAUAAUAAUAAUAAUCGUUAUUAGGUAGCGGAGAUAUUGAUGGAUUUGAUGCUUUUGAUUCAGUGUUUUCCACCUGUGUUUGGCGGAUUUCGAGAUAUUCUUGGGUUGGGGUUAGAUAUAGUGUUUCUUUAGCGUUUUAGAAAUCUCUUAAUCUCCCUCCUUGGGUAGAGAUUGAAGAGAGUGUUUUUUUUUUUUCCAAGUUUUUAUAAUUUUAUACCUAUAUACCGGCUAAAAAAAUUUAUAUUUUCUUCAUUUGUUGGUUUUUUUUUUUAAUUAGUUAGUAAAUUAAAGUUGGAUUGGGGGGUAUUUAAUCCGUUCUUUGAUUUUGUUGAUUUUUAUUGUGGGUGUAUGGAGAUUUAGUUGUCUGAUUUAUAAAUCUAGGGUUUUGAUGGAGGGGAAAUAUUGUGGGGAUUGGUAAAUUGAUGAAGGUGUUUAUGAGGUUGUUCUUUACCUGAAUUGGUUUCAAUUUGGAUAUGUAUAUAUUCAACCACCCACCAGAAACAAAACCCAUCAAGCAAAUGAGCUGAAGUAUGGGAGAUUCUCUCCGCACAGCCUUGUCAAUGGAGAAUCAUCACCCAUCCACGCUUUUGUCAAUGGAUUCCAGUGCCUCCUCUCACGAAGAAUUGGAUUUGGAGAUGAAUUGUCAAAUCAUACUUUCCCGUCCACCUGAUAUCAAUUUACCCCUGUCUGCCGAGCGUAGUCCUCCACCACAGUCAUGGAAUUCAGAACCAUGUGAUAUAUUAGAUGUUGGACUUGGUCAGAAGGUUUAUGAGACUGAGAGUUUCCUUAAUGUCCCCAAGGUUGGAAGGAAAUGCGCCAAACGGGUUGAUAGUAUUUGGGGUGCUUGGUUUUUCUUUAGUUUCUACUUUAAACCUGUUUUGAAUGAGAAAUCAAAGGCCAAGAUUACCUGGGACAGCAAUGGAGUUUCUGGAUUCGACAAAUCGGAUCUCAAACUUGACGUAUUCAUGGUUCAGCAUGACAUGGAGAACAUGUACAUGUGGAUUUUCAAGGAGAGGCCUGAGAAUGCAUUGGGUAAGAUGCAGCUGAGGAGCUACAUGAAUGGACAUUCUCGUCAAGGGGAGCGUCCCUUUCCAUUUAGUGUGGAUAAGGGUUUUGUCCGAUCACACAGAAUGCAGCGGAAGCAUUAUAGGGGACUGUCAAAUCCUCAGUGUGUGCAUGGAAUUGAAGUUGUUCCCUCACCCAAUCUCAUGGGUUUUGAUGAGGAUGAUAAGAAAAGAUGGAUGGAACUCACAGGCAGGGAUUUGAACUUCACAAUCUUACCUGAAGCCAGUGAUUUCAGUUCUUGGAGAAACCUUCCGAACACAGAUUUCGAGCUUGAGAGGCCACCUCCUCCUAUAAAGAGUGCCUCUAAUUCUCACUCAAACAAGCUGCUCAAUGGGUCUGGGCUCAAUUUGUCAACUCAGCCAUCCAGCCAUAGCAACGGUGAUGGGACAGACAUAUCACCUGUCAGCAGCAAAAGAAGGAAGGACUUUUUCCCACAUGGAAGUGAUGAUGAUUGUUAUUUGGCUGUUAGUCCUCCUUCUGAUCGGAUGGCAGAUAUAGAACUUCAGCCAAAUGAGCAGCCACAAUGGUUGCAUGAUUUUAGUGGGGUUAUGAAGAACGCUUAUGGGCCAGUGACUGCAGCAAAAACAAUCUAUGAGGAUGAAGAAGGUUACUUGAUUAUUAUCAGUUUGCCUUUUGUGGAUCUGCAGAGGGUGAAGGUCUCUUGGAGAAAUACACUUACUCAUGGUAUAAUUAAGGUAUCUGGUGUGAGCUUAUCUCGCAUGCCAUUCAUCAAGAGACAUGAUAGGACAUUCCAACUUACAGAUCCAGCUUCUGAGCAUUGCCCACCCGGGGAGUUUGUUAGAGAAAUCCCACUUUCAACUAGAAUUCCUGAGGAUGCUAACAUAAAAGCAUAUUAUGAUGGGCCAGGAUCUGUGCUGGAGAUUCUAGUGCCUAAACUUCGCGAGGGACCAGAAGAGCAUGAGGUUCCUGUUUGCCUUCGUCCUCACCUCGGAGGCAAUGAUCUCAUGUUAACUUGAGGUAGGCAUUGGGCGGUUGCAGUAUUUGGUACUCUAUUGUUUAACUAGCGAAACUGUCGUUAAUCUCUGGCUUUCGAUGAUAAUACAUGAAGUUCUUUAAUAUGGCGUAUGGCAAAGCAGCAAGAUUCCUGUGAAUUUAAUUAAAGAUAAAGAGUUAAAAUCAAACCCGGGAUGUUGAGUGAGAAUUUACCAUUUGUGGCUGGAAUGUACAACCUAUGCUUCUGUUUUUUAGAGGUGAAGAAGACGCUUCAUUUUGGCCUCACGCUGGAAAUGGGCAUUUCAUGGUCAGAUGAGUAUUUGCCAAACCCUCCCUGCAAAAGAAGUUUGAAACUUUCAGCAACAAAGCAUUAUCGUAGCUUUCAUUUGAAUCAUUCCCUGUGGUCUGAAGAAUGAUCUGAAACUCUGGUGUAAGUUCCCUAUUAGCACAUUUUUUAAAACAAAAAAAUCCUCAAGGACUAAGGGACCCUGCAGUCCCUAUGAACAAGCAUAAACCAAAAACAGUGGAGCGUCUUCUUUA